AUGGAGUCUAAGCUCACGGAGCUAAAUGGUCAGAUGAUAACGAAGGUAGGCGAGCUGGACGAAAGGACACAGGACCUGGAUAGCAGAUGUAUGCAAGUGAAAGAGUCUUUGCAAGCAAAAGUGAACCAGUUGCUCUCAGAGACGGAGGAAACAAAAACAGCUAUAAAGCAGUGCAAACAAGAUACACAGGAAGUCAAGCAAGUUCAGACUGACAUCAACAAUCAAAUCAGUGCCACUCGAUCCAAACAAUCGUAUUUCCAAAUCAAGGUUGACCAGCUUGUAACCAAAAUUAACAAAUGUGAGGAGAAGUGUAGGAUGCUGUCGACUUAAACAAAAUAUGUAUGCCGUGUUUGUCAAGCGAACAGAUGUCGACCGUAUAGUUAAGGACGUGAGAACCGCAUUUCAAGGACUGUGCUCAAGAUUGUCAGUCAUCGAUGUAAAUAGUCUGACAUAGGACUCACAUCUAAAAAAGAAUAGACGGUAUAGUUACGGAUGUUAAAUCCGCAUUUCAGGGACUGUAUUAAAAGUUAUAGGGCACUUUUGAAAACUUG